GUGUGAAACACACACAUACACACACACAAACACAGUCGAUUAGAAUCUUCACUGAAGAAUCACCGGAACUGACACGGUCGAUAGAGGCUCUGUGACUAAAGAACAAUGUCAGGACCAAGGCCCUUGGUGCUGAGCGGCCCCUCAGGAGCAGGGAAGAGCACGCUGAUGAAGAGGCUGAUGAAGGAACAUGAAGGCGUCUUUGGAUUCAGCGUGUCACACACAACAAGAAACCCCAGACCAGGGGAAGAAAAUGGCAAAGGGCUGAACAGGCUCCCCAUGCUUCUGGGGGCUACGUUACUGCCCGUAGCAGGCGUCUUCUCCUCUGACUUAGAAAUGUCAACCUCAGUUUCGUGUCCAAAUGAAUCAGAAACCACAGAGAAAGAUUACCACUUCACAACAAGAGAAGCCAUGGAGGAAGGCAUCAGCAAGGGAGACUUCAUCGAGAACGCAGAGUUUUCCGGCAACAUGUAUGGAACAAGUAAAGCUGCCAUAGAGGACGUGCUGGCCAAGAACUUAAUCUGCAUCCUUGAUGUGGACAUCCAGGGUGUGAAGAGGAUUAAAGAGACUGAUCUGAACCCCAUCUAUAUCUCCAUACAGCCUCCUUCCAUGGAUAUACUAGAAAAACGUCUGAGGGACAGGCAGACAGAGACCGAGGAGAGUUUACAGAAACGUCUGGAGGCGGCACGCAUCGACAUGGAGCUCAGUAAGGAGCCAGGAGUGUUUGAUGUCGUUAUCGUCAAUGAUGACUUAGAGCGGGCGUACGAGGAACUGAAGGACAUCCUCAGUGAGGAAAUCCAAAAAGUCCAAGAGGCCAAAUAAUGACGAGGAAACAGUAAGCGAGUCUUUCUGCUGUUGGAGAGAAUAAACCAACACGAGUGCUUCUGUAACAGUAACAGCGUCUACACUCACUGCAAACACACUUCAACCUGGAGGUUUUCUUUUACUUUCUGCAACAAAACAAAAAAAUCUGAUUUGCUUUCAUGGAAAAGUGGGACCCUGCAUUGAAAAGGUCUUAUUUGGGGGUUUGUGUUAGAUUUAGAGCAAACUAAUGGUCAAUAUCUAGGUAUGACAAUCAUACACAUUCCCAUUAUAGGUGGUAACCAGUGCUGUGCACUUGGUCUUUAAAGGGCCAGGGUCAAAGGACGCUGGCCUGUCCAAGUGUGGAGUAAAACAUCAGUAUCACCUACUAUACACACACACACACACCUAUAUAGUUCAGUAAACACUUGAAUUCUAAUAUAUUAUAAUUAAAUCCUCUCAUAGAUGUUGGAACAAAAUUAUUCCUAAUUUAUAUCGAUGACUAGUAGAAUAGUUCUAUAAAAUGCUGCAUAUUAUUUACGUCUGAGAUGAACUCACUGUGUGUGAAAAUAAAAUAUGUGUACGUCUGUUUGUGUGUGAGACUGAAUAAAGAAUGACUGACCACUCUA